UUAUGUGCGCUGUUUCAAAAUAGCCCCAAUGUCCGACGGUUCAUGAAGGCAGCAGGACAGUGAGCAGGUAGAGCCUGUCAAUGAGAUCCCUGGGGAGCCUGCGAGAGUCCGGGAGGUAGACUUUUGGGACAGUGUCCUAACUGCUCACGGCGUCUCUCCUGUUUAUCAACUUUAAAUGGGGAUCACAAGGACUUCUGACCACUCUUAUUCCGUACUUUCUCUACUCUUUCUACUCCGCACUCGCUGAUGAGUUUGACAAACGAUUCAUUUUCCCUCGGUGUUCUCAGGAGGAUCGUAUCCAAUUUCUCAUAGUGGAGCGGAGACACUGAACUCGGGGAAUGUGUGUGUUUUUUUUUUUUUUUUUUCAGCGUGUAGGUUUAAAUGAGGACCGACUCUAGAAAAGAAGUUGAUGGAGCUGUUACAGACGUCGCUUUGGUUUCGGACCCACUUUAAUUACGGAGUCAUACGCGAAGGAAUCAACGGUCCAUUUGGGUCGGUUAAUAAUUAGAUAGAGCUCUACACUCAAGUGAACAUCUUCCUCGAGGAUUAUCAUUGCAACUAAAGAGAAAUAUUACCCAACUUCUUGGCACCUUGCAUGAUCUGUCAACAUGCCGUAUAACUUUCCGGCGGCAACCUGUAACCCAGCCUUUGAAGUUCAAGUCGUUGCUAUUCAGCGUUUCAUGUGGAUUUAUCCAGAAAAUGUGGCACCUACAGGACGCGCUGUGUUUAUCAACUCGCGUUUUCUCUCAAAAGUGUGAUUGUUAGAUACACUGUAAUAUUAUAUCAGUAGUUGAGUUGCGGAUGAAGAUCAAUACACUGUUUCCAAGACCUGCCCCGCUGGGAGAGGAUACAACAGUUCACCUAGAACACAAAACACGUUCCUAAAUGAGGACAUUCAUGUUGUGUCUGUCCUGAUGAGCAGCCAAUGCACACUUCAAGCUCUAACACCACACAGCGUGUCUUCACGGUGUAUUUGCGCAUGCAAUGUUUCGCCACCCACAUUAAUGACACUGGAUAAAAGUUCAUUAUAGCGUGUGUGGUUUUUUUCAUCUCUGGAGACAGUUUUGUGUAAGGCUCCAUGUGGGCCGCUGAGUGUUAUGUAUUUCUGUAACGUGUCGAGCUUGAAUAUUAACUCUGGUGCUGAAUGGAAGUAUUGGGACAUUCACGCGUGAGUCCUCCAGCUUUAAAAGUUUGGAUUGUAUCCGUUUCGCUGUAGUCGUCGAGGCAGAAAGAAUAAGCGGGACGUGUAUCAAUACAGAUCUAUUUUGUCCGUUUUGUCUCUGUGCGGUGCUUGCCUGCUUUGAUAAGUCCACCAUGUGCGGCCGGGCACCGCCGCUGCAGCCGAGGCCAUGACCAUCCCCCAGCGGCGCCUGGCCGGGCUCUGGCCGUGGCUGCUCAUGGCGGCCCUGCAGGUGGUGCUGGGCCAGCCGGGCCUGGAGUCCGAGCGGCCGGCCCUCCGAGCGGUCAUCAUGGUGACACUGCUGAAGCAGGAGCCGACGCGGAAGCCCAUCACCCUGGAAGGGGUGUUCGUGGGAGGUAGUGCCGGCAACGCGGAGGGAAAACUAAUGCAGUAUCACCCUCUGUCUCUGUGCAACACAAGUGAGGAUGAACGACAAGAGAGUGACUUCAUCACCAUUGUCAAACUGGAGCAGACGGUACGUCGGUGUCUGCCGCUGCUCGAUAAGGCUCGCAUGGCAUUGGAAAAAGGAGCUCAGGCUGUUAUCUUCGACGUCAGUGAUGAUGCUAAUGCUGCUGCUGAUCUGCCAGAAACAGACUCUCUUCCCCGUCCAGUUGUGCUGGUGAAAGCCAAGGAUGCUGAGGAGUUGAUGAGUUUGGUCAACAAGAACGAGGAGGCCAAAGUUCAAAUCAAGAUCCUGCUGGAGCAGCACAGAUGGCCACACUAUGAUGUGGGCAUCCUGCUCACCAUCGUCCUGGCUAUUCUGACCAUCGUCCUAAUCUUUGCUUUCCGCUACAAGUGCAAAUCCAACAGAACCUGGGACUCUGUCCAUCAGCAGACCAUGCGGGCCAUUAAUCGAUUGGAGACCAAAACCUACAACUCGCAGGGCUGCUCGGCCUCACAGCGCCACCGUGCAGCCUGGGGGUCAGCCAGCAGCUCCAACUCCAGUCCAGUCUGUGCUAUCUGCCUGGAGGAGUUCCAGGACGGACAGCAUCUGAGGAUCAUCUCCUGCGCUCAUGAGUUCCAUAAAGACUGCGUCGACCCCUGGCUUCUGCAGCACCGCACCUGUCCCCUCUGCAUGCACAACAUCAUGGGUGAGGACAAGCAUAUUUCCAGUACAGAGCGGCAGCCCCAGAGGAGCAGGCACCAGCAGAGUUCGGAGCAAAUGCAGGGCUUUCUGCACUCUCAGCCUUACAGUAGCCCACGCAACCACCCCUUCCCCCAACACGACAUCCCCUUCUCUAUGAGGCCUCACUACCCUCGCGGACCCUCUGGGCACUAUCCCUCCCUCGGCCACUACAGUGGUUCUUCUCCCAUGGACACCCAAACAUUACGUUUCCUCGCCAGCAGGCCGCUCGGCUCCUCCUGUGGGUACCACCUUCCUGCAGAGGGUCCCGGGAGGCCCCACAGGAUCGGAGGUAACUGCAGGACUUCCACUCACCACUACACCCCCCGUCGAUCCUGCCACAACUAUCGCUCGUCCUGUCCGGCUCAACGCAGCGUGUCCAGCUCCAGACUGCACCACACCACCUCCAUCGCGCCACAGAACCGGGGAGCGCCACCCCACAGCCGGCAGGAAGAUGGCAGCUGCUCCGGCGGCAGCUACCACACAGAACGCAGUGGAUACUUAGCUGAUGGGCCGGCUAGUGACUCCAGCUCAGGGCCGUGCCAUGGCUCCUCCAGUGACUCGGUUCUCAACUGUACUGAUGUUUCCCUGCAGGGAGUUUAUGGCAGCUGGUCCACCUUCCGUAGCUCUCUGAGUAGUGACUAUGAUCCGUUUGUAUAUUAUGGGCCAGGUCCUGGGCGUGCCCCCCGCAGGAACAGCCUGGAGGCAGGGGCCCAGGCCCGGCCGAGGUCUUUGGAUUCUGUGGUGAACAAAGCGGGCUGCACCGAAGAACAGCCACAGACUGUGUUCAGCCACAUCCAUUACCACCGCCACAGACACCACCACUAUGAGGAGGGGGAGCACAGCCAGGGCCCAAGCAGAGGCUCAGAUGAGGAGCAAGGGGCCGCUGCUGCCGCUGCUGCAGCUGCACCCGCUGCCCUCGUCCUGGAUAAAGACUCACCUGUAUGCCCUCCCAAGCACAGCCCCUGCCAGUGCCCAAAGCCGGACCCCACAGAUCGGCCGGGCCCCGGGACAGAGGGUCAGGACCAUGACCCCGGCAGCCCUACUGGACCCUCUGUCCUGGUGUCCCCGAUCCCCUUACAGCUCCAGCCCCACUGCUGCCAUCAGGGACACGGACACCCUCCCAAUCCUCGUGGGCGAGUGGGUGGCUGUGUGCUGGAUGGCCCCUCUGUCCGCUUCCACCAGAGCCUGGAUCUACAGGACGACCGUAGCGUCCACAUCCACUACGGCCAGGGCCCAGGCUUCUGCUGCUCGCCUCCCGAGCUGCGACCCGCCUUGCUCCCCGUACCUCUCAUUCUGGACUCUGGAGGUAUGGAGGAGUGGCCUUGCUGUGCCGGGGCACAUGUUGUGUGGCAAAAGCGGGUGCAGCAGGCUCGCUCGGAGCCUCAGCUGCUGGGGCCUGGGACCUCUAUGGACAGGCCACCCUGCAGGUUCCACCACAACCCUGCUGCUGACCGUAACACAGACAUUUGUUUAUACUGCCAAACAUUACACCACAAUCAGGGAUCAGAAGAGGAGUCUGGCGUGUGAGAACUUGUUGCAUCCCCAAUUAUCACGCUGCUACACAGGAGCCAGAAUGGACAAGCCUCUCACUGGUUAUCACUCUCAUACCUUCCACAUAAUUCCACCAGCAAUGCCUUCGUUCGGACGUCUCCCCUGGCUUCCCCCCCCCCCCCCAGGAUUCAAAGCUCACGCAUGCUGAAAUGCUCUUUCAGUUCAUUUGGAUAUCAUUUAAAGUGACAAUGACCCCUACUAUAUUCUAAUAAUUUUAUUUCUAUUAAAUUAUGCUAAAAUGUUAGGAUAAUUCUGGAAUGCGCCCUCCUUAAUAUAUUGAGUGAUUUGAAUGUUUGGAGUCAGGGAGUUGCUGCGGAAACGACACAUACACCACAAAGGGGAAAAAGUGUCUUUUUCUCCUUGUCACUUAUAGGAAAAAUAUUCAUUACCGACAUGAUAUAGAAAAUUCCCGUGCUCCUUAGUGACAACCAACGAAUGAUCCUUGCUUAGAGUGUUGAGCCCUCAUGAAGUGAGACUCCAUCUCUGCGUCGCUCACUCUAUGACAGAAUAACUUGAUUUAUCUUAGAGGUACUUACUUUCACUCACGUGAUCUUCGUCUUCCUUCGCUGAGGUCAGUCUCAGCUGAAAGAAGCUUUUCUCUCCAGCCUACCUCAGCUCAGAUUUCUUAACAUGCCUCACACACAGGGGGGGGGGGGGGGGGGGUCUUUAAAGGUACUGCUGUAGUGAUUUUUUUUUGUUUAGUUUCUUUUUUUUAUCACAACCAUGUAGCUCCCAUAAACUCAACUAUAAGUUAUCCUGUUGGCAGUCUGACCUGUCCAAACGGAGAGAAAGGUUGAUUCUCAGCCCAUCAAAUGACAAGCAUUCACUGAGGUGGCUGAGCCUUGCAUGGGCCUUAUUUUCAAGAUUUCAAUAAUGGCAGCUGUUUUCAACAUGUUUGUGUUUUAGAUCAUUUCUGUUUUCAAUUUUUUUUUGUAGUCUGUAAUUUUUUUCUUCUCUUUUCAAAAUGAACCAGUUUGACUGAAUUAUGUUGCCGUCAUUACAAGCUAACGUCUUGUUCUUGUCAUUUCUCUUGCCAAUGGUUACUUCACGUGUUUGACCUCAGUGCUGUUAAACUCCCUGAUCACAGUGAAUGGGUGAACCAUCUUCUCUGCUCCUUCACUCAGCCCAAUAUUGUAUUAUGUCCUCAGAAUAAGGACAUAACCUUUGUGUUCCAGCAACUAAAGCUCUAAAAAAAAGUUCUUCAUUUCAGCCAUAGAAAAGACAUAGUGCCUAUUUAAUUCUAUAACUGGAGUAAAGCCAUGCUAGGUAGACCUUACAGUCCCAAGCACCAGCUCUGUCUGCUGCCUUAGCACCAGUUUCGUGAAAGCUUGGUGUGCUUUUCCCAUGAUUUCAAACUCGAAUGGGUAGAGCCUGAGAAAUAUCUCAGGAACAAUCAAACACUGGAAAAAUGGGAAGAAUUCAUCAUAUAGUUAUAGUAAUGAUACCCAAGUCGGUGAAAAUUCCUUUUUCAUGGUAAAUGUGCAUUGCCAAUCCCUUUUGAGCUUACAGCACUUGAAGGAAGCUCCACCUUAAAUCAGAAAUCAGAUACUUCACAGAGGUUGUUUCAAACAUUCUGAUAUUUAGUUUUGACAACAUGUAAUCAUCUCUCCAAAUUUAAAUCUUUGUUACCUACUUUUCCCUCUGCUCCCAUUUAGCCACUCUAACAAACAUUAAAUGUGUUUGUAUCCCAAGAAAAAAAAUUGACCUCAUCAUGCCAUCAAAGAUGGCUCUCUUAUUUUCAGCUUAACCACAGACUUCUUCAUGCUCACAUGUACUAGAUAAUCUGAGAUCAGAAAAUUCUGUUUUAGCGUGGACUUUCCCUGAAAGGCUCAGUGAAAAUGUGAAAGGAUUUUUCUUGGCAGUCUGACUGCAGAUAUAGCUUAGCACAAACAGCAGACAAAGAGCUCACAGGUACUGCAAUGUAACCAGUAGCACUUACUAAAGCCUCAUAUGUGCCUUAUUCAUUCAAGUCCCUCACCAUCCUAAAUCAGGAAUCUCCCAACACACUUAGCUCUUACCUGUCUAACCAAAGAGGCAAAAUCUUGAACACAGUGAAUAUGAAUUUAUAGUAUGUGUUGUGCCUUCUAUCCUGCACCAUCCCUUUCCUUGAACCUCAGACUAAUUAAAUGUACUUUGAAUGACAAGCGAGAACAUGUUAGAAUUGAAGUGGAAAUCAUUUCGGAGUCAAUAUUUUUGGACAACCAUGCAGAAAGUUUCACCUGCAUUCCCUCGUACUAAUACCUCACUUUGAAUGUGUCGACGCAGUCCUCCUGCUAAAGUAUCAGGGUUUCCUUGUCUGUUAUUGUUCGUGCCCAAACAGUCUCCUAGACUGAAAUGGAAAUGACUGAAUUACAAGCAGCACUUUGGCUUAAGCAGAUGUUAUCUCUCUCUAUAUAUAUAGAUAUAUAUAUAUAUCUAUAUAUAAAAAAAGAAUAAAACUCAUAGUAUUAAUUUAAAACAAGCCCAAAACUAUCGAAAAAUAGCAUCAGUGUCAGUGAUGCUGCAGAAUAUCUGAUGUGAUUUCAUCCUGUUCAAGAUCUUUCUCUUUGUGUCGUUUAUGUGUUUAUUAUUGUUAUGUUUUGCAAGAAUAAUGAGCUGAAACUGCCUUUUCUAAUAGAGUAAAAAAAAUCCCUCCAGAACUCGUUAAGGGAUAUGUCAGUAUAUUUUGGAUACUUUGUGUACAAAAGAGAACAACAAAAAACAGAAAUGAAAUAGUGUUGUAUUUUAUAUAUAAUAGAACAUUUCAAUAUAGUGACAUGUCACUAAUAUAUUUAUUUACUAAUAUAUUUAUCCAUUUUGUCCAGGUUUGAAAGAGUGGUUUCUGUAUAGACUAAAUGUUUCUAUAUGGAAACUGACCAGUGCCAUCACUAUCAACCUGU